GCAAUACAAACUAGCUCAGGUGUUGCACACAGAAGGAGCUAAACGGUUUCUGACGGCGGCAACACAGUGGACUUAUCGAUGUAGUUUAUUAUAGUUCAUUUCUCCUUCUUUAGUUUGUUCAUUGGUACACGGAUUUGGCAUUUCCCGCGUUAACACUUUGGACUGAUGACGUUUGAGGGAAACGCUCCCUGAGAGUCACGAGAACCUACCUGGCCAAUCAAAGGUGCGCCAUCGAACGGUAAGGAGCCACCCUUAUCUGAUUGAAUGCACUGAUGGUUUUGUCAUGAGAACAAAUGCAGUCUGUGGUUAGGAAGAAGAUUUUAUCAGCCGGUCUCCCUUCCUCGUUUACUUACCUUUUCUCAUCUCUUCCCUUUUUAUCUUUCACUUUACUCUUACUGAUGGAACAACACAUGGCGAUCCGAGGUACUUACAUUUGAUUUGUGAUUGGUUCAGAGAGGUUGUUAUAGUGGAGUUUGUCCAGCAGGCUGCGCCCCUAGCCCAUGGUUAAAAAUACAGGCUGCUGCCAAAUCAAUGAUGCAGUUUAUUCCUUUAAAAUAAAAAAUAUAUAUUUUGGAUUGUGAAUUCUUUAGUCUUGGACAACUUCCCAAAAUUUAUUUUUUUGAAGCUACAAACAAAACUAGAUGAGAAAGACAAGCAGAGGCAGCAAGGACCUUAACAUAUUAAUAAUAAUGAUACUACUACUACUACUACUACCACUACUGAUAAUAAUAAUAGUAGUAAUAGUAAUAAUAAUACAUUUUAUUUGUGUAGCGCUUUUCACAGAAACUCAAAGACACUGUACAAUGCAAAGAGAAAAACAGUCAUAGAUAAACAUUCAAAGCAGUUUAAAAGCAAAAACAUCACAGACAGUCAGACACAGGCAGACACACACAAAAGACAAAACAGCACAGUCACAGUUUAAAAGCCUGUUUAAAAGCGUGAGUUUUUAAAAGUGAUUUGAAUGAGGGCAGGUCUGUGCAGUUCUGGAUAUGAGCUGGAAGUGAAUUCCAGAGGGAGGGGGCGGCUACGGAGAAUGCUCUAUCCCCUCAGGUUCAGUGCUUGGUCCUGGAGGGUGGGAAGAGGAGGUUGGAGUUAGAGGAACGGGGGUAUAUAUUAUAGGGAUAUCUAUCUAUCUAUCUAUCUAUCUAUCUAUAUAUACAUAUAUAUGUAUAUAUAUAUAUAUAUAUGUGUGUGUGUGUGUGUGUGUGUGUGUGUGUGUGUGUGUGUGUGUGUGUGUGUGUGUACACAUAUAUAUGUAUGUAUGUAUGUUUAUAAAAUAUUAUAAAUAAAUCAUUCAAUUAAUAUUAUGAAUAUUAAUUAUAAUAUCAAAAUUAUAAUCAAAUCAGUGACUUUGUUCUCUCCAUCCAUCCUCUCUCUUUUUCCCUGGUGGGGCUGCAGAUUGUACUUUCUGACUGCUCUGAGGUAAUUACACUUUGAGUUUGUGAUGAGAAAUGUGUAAGUCAAGAAAAUGGUUGCUGUUUUUGUAGUGACUGUGGAGUCAGAUUGAGUCUUUUGUUGGUUGCCAGUUAAAUUAUAAUCUACAUAGUAUGAUUUGAAGUGAUUAGACUAAGAUUUAGUCACUCAGAGUGAAAGAUUGGGAAGACGUUCACCACUCUGUGAGAGACUGCGUGAGCUAACAGUUCAACAGUUUUAGAAUAAUGUUCCUGAGUGUCAAAUGUGAAAGACUGAGUGGAUUUCAUCAUCUACAGAACAUAAUAUCAUUAAAAGAUUAAGGGAAUCUGAAGAAAUCUCUGUUCUAAGGGAACAAGGACCAAAACCAAGACUGGUUUUGGUCCUCAGGCAGCACUGCAUUAAAACAGACAGGACUUUGGAGUAGAAAUCACUGCAUGGGUUCAGAAUAACCCCCCCAAAUCCAUGGUCUGUGAACACAGUUGAUCACUGCUUCCAUAAAUGAGGUUCAAACUGAACCAUGCAAAGAAAAAAACAGGUAGAAACAUGAUCAAGAAAUACCACACCACUCUGACCCUGAGCCCAUUAAAGGUAGACUGAGAGGAUGAGGAAAACUGUCCUUUUAUAUGAUGGAUCGAAAUCUAUCAUUCUUUCUAGAAAUCAUGGACCCUGCAUCCUCCUCUCUGAAGAGUAGUGGGACCACCUAGCUUGUUAUCAGCUCAAAGUUCAAAGCCAGCAUCCCUGAUGGUAUGGGGAUCAUCAGAGUCCAUGUUAUGGGUAGCUUCUACAUCUGUAGGGCUCUGUUAAUGCUGAACAAUAUCUACAGGUUUAGGAGCAACAUCUGCUGACAUCCAGACAAUGACUUUUUAUCAUGUUUCAGCAAGACAAUGACAAACCACAUUCUGCAGGGAUUACAACAGCAUGGCUCUGUAGUAGAAGAGUCCUGCUGAUAAACUGGUCUACCUGCAGCCCUGACUUGUCCCCAUUGAAAACAUUUGAAGCAUUAUGACACUGAAAAUAGGACAAAGGAGACCCUGAACUGUUGAGCAGCUGAAAUCCUCAAUCAGGCAAGAAUGAGACAACAUUUCACUUUCAGACUCCAGAAACUGGUCUGCCGGGUUCCCUAAUGUUUACAAAGGGUUGGGAGAGAAGAGCUGAUGACACUAGAUGAGAAACAUGAACUUCAAACUACUUUUACAAACAUGUCGAUGACGUUAAAUUUAAAAUGAGUCGAUUCUUCACAAACAUACUUCAGUUUUAACAUUCAAGAUAUUGUCCUUGCAUAAUUUUUGGAUUAAAUUUAGGCCUUGAAUGAUUUGAACAGCUCCUUUAUUUUACCUUUAUUUCUGUGUCUGAGAUACUGACAACUAAAAGCAGAGAAAAACAGCUGCUGUAAUGUGCAGAAAUAAAAAUGUUACAAUGCAAGACAAAAUUGUUGCAGAUCAAACCUUCCUGUGAGAGAAGAGACUGAAUAUUAGAGCUUUUCUCCUCCUCUCUCACUCAUAUCAGCAGUAAAAUAUACUUCCCCUGUGGUCAGAGCACAACAUUAUAAACUGUGAAGAGGAAGUGACAGAAGAAAACUCUACAGGCAUGAGAGGAAUUUAUAAAACUGUCCAACUGUGUUCACAGGGAGUGUCUUCAAACUCUUCAGAGACUAAAGUCAGACUGACUUGUUAUCUAGUCUACAGGCUAACAAACAAAACAACUCUGUUCACACUUUUAUAAAAAAAACAGGGUGGAAUGAAAGCAGGAAAUGAGCACUUCCUGUUGAGCCGACACUGGUUUGCAACACAGUUGAACACCACAUCAGUGUAACCGUCUGUAUCUGUCGUGCAAUUAUUCACUGUGUAACUCAGUGUUUGAGUGCAGGUCUGAAUGUGACACACUAAUAUAGAAGCAUCUAUUAUGCUAUUUGAUGACAGUGAGGGCUUUUUGUCCUCAUCAACCGUACCUUUGGACUUCAGACUAUACAGAACUUCUUUGUGAGCAACAAUUUGAAGUCCAAGUCUAGAAAUUAAAGGUAUUUGUAGUUGCAGAUGAACUUUCAUAAGGUUUUCUGACAAACUUGGUACAUUAGAGCUCUGUGUUUUGGGAAAACUCAGGUCCUGACUCUCAGAUGUCAGACCUGCAGCAGUCAGACAGAAACUGAGAGAGGGUUUGGAGUUUAAAUCGUUAAACCUUUUUGACUAGUUGACUAGUUUGGUGAAUGCUGCAGAUUAACUGGGUUGUGUGAACUGAAGUUUAGAAACCUGCAUAAACAAAAGCAGUAGAAACAUUUACAUUAAUGCGUGCAGAAUAAGCAUGUUUGUCCCUAAACAAACCGGCAAGUGUCUAAACCAGGAAGUCUGUGUGCAUAGAAACAGACUGUAAUUCCUCUGACUAGCAGUUGUUUCAGGAAAUAUUCACCUACAACUCCACAAUCUGUGUCUGUCUGAGCUCUCCUGCAGGACAAACAGAAACAGAUGUUAAAAUGAUCAUUAACACAUUGAUUUAGAGAGAGAUGUCAGAUCUCUGACAGGUGUCGUUUCAGGUGGUUCACACAGAGAAUCUCAUCUAAAGAUUUAUCUAGAAGUUAAAACAGAAAUUCAGUUACCUGUUUCAGAAAAUAUGUUGCAGUUUCAGCUUUUUAAAGCAGGUAUGUUAUGGAAUUCAGUCUUCAGAAGAAGAUAGAAACAGAUUGGCACAUUAUAGCUGUGUUUUUAUUCAAUUAAAAGUAAAUUUGACAGCUAAUUAAUGUGGAUACUUUAAUAUCAGAUCCUCUUCUUAGAGCUUGUCCGAGCCAGUGAUGAUAUGAUCAUCAGUAGAUCAUGGGUGGCAGUGAUACAAGCAGAAGUGUUAACAGUUAAAUCUUCUGUCUCGUGUGUGAACUGAGAGGAGCUGAAUUAAGACCAAAGUCAGUCUUUUAUUACUGCAGUUGGCCUGUUCAUGUUGUCUAACACAACCGUCAAAGGAAGUGUUCAGUUUAAUGUGAGUAAAAACAAAGAAGCAGCUACAAAUGUUUCUUGCACUUCUUGUGUAACAAGACCUUCAGUGGAUGUUCAGUUAAAUGAUUUUUAUAUAAGCAUUCAAAUUAUUUACCUAGACUGCUUAUCGAAAUAUUAACUGUUAUAACUGUCGCCAUGGGAAUGAAACGAACAGAGGAAUCAGAAGGUUUGUUUUUUUAUUUGUACAUGUCAUUUUUGAAUCAAUAAAAUGUCUUUAAAUUUGUUUCUUAGUUUAGUGGGUAACCACUACAUCUCAUCCUAUCAAGAUUCUAAUUUUCACAUGUCUUCAUAACUCUGAGUCAUAACUAACACGCUAAAUAAUGUUUCCUUUAAUGCAUUUAAAUUCAUAAUUCACUUGACUUGUGCUGGUUAUUCUAACUUCUUCUGAAAUCAGGUUAACUCCAAAGUAAAAAUUAGAAAAACAAAGAAAAAAAAACAGGUUGUUAGGUUGUUAUGUUAUAGUGUUGUGGUAAGACUUGUUGAGUGUGUGUCAUAACAGAUGCAAAUGAGUCAGUCUGUCAUCAGAGCCACAGGCUGGUUUCAUGACGUACUAUUAAAGAGACCUUCGUCAAGCUUUCCAGUGAUCUCUAAAAACAAAAACAACCGACUGCGAUGAAGCGGUGAAGAGGAGCUAAUGGAAAAAUAAGGUCAGAAACGUUUUUUUAUGGUUUUCUUGUAGGCUGUUGGGAAUUAUUGUUAAAGCUUUUUUCCACUUAGUGUGCUUUAAAAAGGCAGAAGAGCUAAAAUCCUUUCACAGGUUUCAUUAUAGAUACAUUUCAUUCAUUCUUUGAUCAGAGGAAGUUAUGUAGAUGUAGUGGCUUCUGUUUUCACACUCUCACUUCAUGUCACACAUUGGAAAUUAAGACCUCACAGUCAUUUAUUGUUUCUAGUCAAAUAGGUGUUCUGUAGGAUGAAAUUUGACUGGGGAGGAUUAGGAAGUGUUUGACCAACUGAUUCACAUACACGUGGUGCUGCUAACAUGCUAAACAUGCUGAACACAUGACAGUCUUACACCGUUAAAAAGUCACACUGAAAUGCUCACUAAUACUUACUGGUUUAUGAAAAACAUUAAAGUUUAAAUAUUUUUUAAUUAGGUUAAAAUGCUUAUUUCUGUCAGAUAAGACUCCAUUUGUCACACAUGAAUUGGCCUAAAUACACAUCCUAGUCCUGUUCAAAAGGUGGACUACUGUGGCCACCAUGAUGUUAUUAUGAGUUCUUUAACUUUAUUAAAUCAAAGAGGUUAGUUAGGUUUUACUGGACAACAUAAAAAGGCGAAAAAAUCCAGACUGUGGUUCUUUCAUGAUAAAAUAAAAUGAAAUCACAAUAGUUUUGCUAUACUUUCCGGACCUAUUUUCAUUUCAGUGUUUGGAUCAUUUAUCCCACUCCUGUGUACACUCUUAAUCAGAGUGGCACUUAGCUGUGGUAGACUGAGUCAUAUCAUGUUGAGUCUGUGGUUUCAAACACUAAAAAGUGACUAGAAUACAGAAACUGCAUCAAAACACUUUAGGAGUCAUAACCUGCUUUCAGAGCACUAGGUUUUGCUGAAGAGAGCCAUACAGCAUGACAGCUGGCUCAUCCCAGCAUCACAGUGACUCUUUAAAAGAGACAAACAUUACUUUUACAGGUAGUUUACCAAACCACAGAGGUCUGUGUUUUACAAUUCUAAAAUGGAUAAAACAAUGGUUGCACUGUGGUUUGAUUAGCAGAAGGAGGGACUCGUUUAAGUGACACACCUAUGCCAUAUGAGUUGGCCAACAGGUAUAUAUAAAAGACUAGGUAUGCCAGCGUGCUGUAGCAGCCCACCAAGCCACGUGCUUAUGUAGAGAUGGCAGCCAUCUUAGCAGAGGCAACUCUCCAAUUAAAGGCAAUGAUGUACAUGGGAAAUUAAUCAUAUCCUGCUCAUUUCUCAACCAAUUCUUAUGUGGUUCACUUUAUUUUUAACGUCAAAACGUAAAACUAUUAAUACAGAACAUUUUAUUUUAUUUUUUAAUCAAAUACUCUGUAUUAAUAGCACAUGAACAGCAUGAAAAGCGGUUGAGAAAUGAGCAAGACAUGAUUUAUUUCCCAUGUACAUCUAAUGCCUUGAAUGGGAAAGUUGCCCCUGCUAAGAUGGCUUCCACGUAGGCACGCAGCUCAAAGGGGCAUGCCCUAAUCCCAGUCCCAUGAGUCAAGAUGUAGUCCUGUGUGUGAAGUCCAUUUACUAAUUUAUAAAUUGAGAGAAAUAGAUAAAUAUCCACAACAGCAUUGUGACCAUCAAAACAGUUCCUAGAAUUUCUUCUUGUUUGCAUUGAAAACCAGUUUCAGAUUACACAGAUUGUGCCAAUCCAAAGCUUUUUGCGGGAUUUCCAGUCUCUGAAUGUGUAGAGUUAACAAACAACAGAUGAAAAGUGUGUUUCCUCUUUUAUUUAGAAAAAUUCACAAAAAACCAACACAUAUCAACAGACAUAGUGCUGUGGUUUUGCUGAUACAGGGCUUUAAAAUGCAACAAGUCUGAAGUUCAACACAGGAAAGUUUUAUGCAUUUUUUGUUGAUUAUUUCUAUAUUUCUAAAGCAAAAGCAGGACUUGAACAGAAACGAGCACUGGUAUUUCAUUCAAGUAUUUGUCCUUAAACUGAAGUGAAAAAUCUGAACACUUUAGGAGAGAAGCAGAUGAGCAGAACAGCUGUCCAUCAGGAUAAAAAAAGUCCAAAGUCAAUACCACAUGUUGCCUUUCUAUCAGACAUUUCAGGAUGUGGUUCCAACUCCCUCACAUGCAGAACUCUGUGAGUCCAGACUGAUACGACCAUAUUGUUAGACCCACUUACAAAAGAGGUUGAUGACAUUAUCUCCUCACAGUGUCACCUGUCAGUGGACGGGAUCUGCUCAGCAGCAGGUGAACAUUCAGUCCAUGACGUUGAUGUGUUGAAGCAGGAGAACUUGAGGCUGUGAGCCACUCUAACAGGGACCAAACUGUGAUGACUGAAUAACUGGGUUAGAGCAGCUCUCAAACUGCAGCUCUUGAGGGGUCUGCAGGGGUCAGUACCUGCCAAAAGUGGGACAUGGAGGGAAAACAGCUGAACCAGGCACAGGGUCAGUAGAGGUCAAGGUUCACUGCUGUGUGAAUAUGUAGAGUGAAGGCUGGUUCAUGUGGUCUGACCAAACAGAGGAGUCACUCAAACUGCUGAGAUGGUGAAUGUUGGUCCUGAUAGAAAAGGGGGCAAAAGACUCCUAGCAUCAGUUUGUAGAGCAGGGGUCUUUGUUGGUGCUCAACGCUCUGGGUGUCCAUGCUGACCCCAGCCCACUGCCCACAAUGAGGAUGUUUACCUGAGUGGGACUGUGGAAUAAUAGAAGAGGGUAACCUGGAUGACCAUGGUAGCAUGAACUUGGACUCUAAAUCCUCUAGAUCUCAGUUCAGUCCAGCAUCUUAAGGAUGAGCUGAAAAACUUAUGAUCCCUGGAGGCCCCACCUCACAAACUUGAGGACUUAAAGGAUCUCCAGCAAACAUCAAGGUUCCUGAUACCUCAGCACACCUUCAGAGGUCUGUUAGUCAUUUUCUCAUCAGGUCAGGACUGUUCAUGCAAGGAAUAGAGAGGGGGCCCAGAUAUAAGUAAGCAGCUGAUUAUGACAUUAUAGCUGAUCGUUGCAAUUUAUGAACUCUGAAAAGAUAAUGCACCAGAAUCCAGCAGGACAAAACCUGAAUCCUGGACAACAUUCACUCUGCAGUGUCCAAAAAAGUACCCGCAUGCUUAGACAGUUUCUGACAGAGCCUGAAAAACAAAGAGAUUUAUUUUGAAACUUUUUUGUGAGAAAUAUAAGUUGAUAAUUAAGUUGAUAAUGAUAAUCCAAUCCAAUCCAGGUUUAUUUAUAUAGCACAUUUAAAAACAACAAAGCGCUGACCAAAGUGCUGUACAGUAAAAUUAAAACAAAAUAAAAAGAUAAGUAAGUAAGACACAUCACUUUAUUAUUGAUUAGUGAAAGGAAAUGACUGCAGAGAAUUAAAAACAUACCUCCACUUCGUUUUCUUCUGCUCCUUUGUUUUUUUCUGUUCCUCUGUUUUUUUCUGCUUCUCUGUUUUUUACUGAAAUCAAAGUUCAGCAAAAAUUAAAACUCAGUGAUAUGACAGAGACAUUCAACCAAUUAAAAAAUUAAAGACCAUGUUUAUAUUGUCACAGCUUAAAACUUUACCUGUGAUUAAAUAUUUCCCUAUCCUCCGUCGGCAGCACCACACUCCAAGUACAGACAAAACCAAAAAAAGCACAACAACUCCGCUGACUAUCACUGCAGUCCAAUCUGAAUUGUGUCGUCCACACUGAGCAUCAGCUGACUCAGUUCCUGGUUCCAGCUGCAGCAGGUCCAGGUCUUCACAUCUGUAAUGACAGAGGGACCUUUCUGAGAGGAACAUCUGGAGGAUCUGAUGAAGUCUCUGCUGCUGGAAGAAGAAUUCAGGUGUGUCCAUGUCUGAUGUGAAGCUUCACUCACUUUGUGUGUGGACGACAAGAUGGAAACGUCCCGUCUGAAAAUGAUCCAGCAGAGCAGGGAGAGCACACAGUGUCUGACACAACGCUUCCUGCACACAUACAGACUCUCAUUAGUUUUACAAAGAAUUAACUAUUAUUUUUUGCUCUACAUAAUAAAGCAGCAUGUAUAAUGACAGAUUUAUUUGUCAUUCAGAGCAGACUUUUCUGCCCUUCUUAUUGUUCUCAGUUAAUAGACCCAAGACUGUGUGCCACAUGAAAACAGUCAGUCCCUUUUUGUGCUGCAGCUCAGAGUGUCAGAGUUAUCUGCUGCUCAGGAAGGUCAGUGCGUUCACAUCUUUAGAGCUUUAACCAUGAAUUUGCUCACUUUCAUUCUGCUCUUGUUCCAGUCAGCCUCUCACCAGGGAGAGCAGCUACAACUCUUUGUCGUCACUGUCCCUGCAGGACAACAGUUAAAUGAAUGAUACACUAAAGAGCUCUUCUGAAGAGGUAUCUUGAAAAUUUUAUCUGUGCAUCUGUAUCUUUUAACCCUUCCACCCUCAAAACAACAAUUUACAGACUUACAGAGAAAUCCAGUUAUUUUAGUAGUUUUGAGCCUGUGUCUUUGUCCUCUCUGACAUUUUAUCUUCCAUGCAACCAAAUAUGUGCAGUCUUGAAUUUACUCCCACCAGACUUCUCUUUGACACUGUAGACCAUGUAAUCUUAAUAGAGCUUCUCAAAAACUGGGUAAGCUAGUUUUAUUCUUAUCUUUUAAAUCAACAUUUUCUGUCACUGCGGUCAUCACUCAUCUUCCUCCUUCAACAUUACCUUCAGUAUUUCUUCUGUGUUUUUUGGGUCUCUGUGUGUUCUCAUGUUUUCCCAUGCUUGCAUUUCGAAGCACUUUGUAAGCUCUUGUAAAGGUGUUUAUAAAUGGAAUUUUAUAAUUAGAUAUUCAAAAUCAUGUAAAUUUGUUUUUAAACCUCUCUGCAGUAAGCUUUGUAAGGGUGAACUCUGGUGCUUCUUAAUUCAUGAUCCUGAGGUCAGAAUUCACCAUCUGCAGCUUUGAGGGGGUGGUUUUCAUGUGGUCCAUGUUUCUGAAUUUAAAAUACUUUAUUCUUAAACCAGCUCAUGAAACCAACCGUUCUGACUGGCGAAAUAUCCUGCUUUGCAGAUUGUGUGUUUCUUUGCUUCUGCACAUCCAUCUUCAACAGGCUCUGUGCAGAAAAAUCUUUCCAGAGGUUCACAAACUGUGUCUGAUGUUUUUGUACAUCGCCGCUUUAUCCUCAAACCAGAACCUGCAAACAAAGACAGAUUAGAUACAGACAUACUCAGCUUUAACCAAUGCAAUUAAACAGCAACAAGCUGAACUUCACCCCCUCUGAAUUAAUGAAAAAAUAUCUGCACAAAUCUCUGUCCUCUUUUAACUUUUGGAUGUAGAAAAAUUCAUGUUUCACUGUAGCUCAUGUUUGUUUUCACUACGACAGGAAGUGAGUGGUCUCAGCUGAUAACAGCUGCUGUUUUCUAACAGAAAGACAACUGUCAGCCAUUUCACCAAAAAGAAAAAGUUUUAACCAAUGAAAAGUUAUAAAAAUAAUGUACCUGCAUCACAAUUUGAACAAGGAAAACAAUUUUUUAAUCCAUUCAGUUUAUUCAUGAACGUCCCCUCUGCGCACGGUUGGCAUGAUGUACUUUUGUCCGCCUCACAGUCUGUCUUCACUCGUGAACCUGGGGAGACAGAUAUUAUCCUGAAUCAUCUGAUAAUCAUGUUUCUCACAGUGAUAAGGCCCCAUGUUAGAAUAAAUAACAAUGUUGGCUCGCUCAGUAAAAGUAUCAAGUUGAGGACAGACUGUUGUCUGAUCACGCAGUGCUGACCACCUCAGUAUCACUCUUUACAUCUGCAAAAAUGUGCUUUGUAAUGGGAACAUGUUGUGCAGCUUAUUCCUCUUUGCUAAAUUCUGCUUUUGCUGAGACUUCCUAUUUAAAUGAUCAUGUUUUCCAUGUUUAAUUUUAUGUUUACCAGCAACACUUUGACUCAGCCCCAAACAGUAACUCAGUAUAUGCUACAAAAGAAAGCUUUGUGUCAUCUUGUCCUUCUCUCUCUCUCCCUCUGCAGACUGAACAGCCCUCUGUAUGACUGACUGAUUGACUUUGGGCGAUUAAUAAACUCACAAAGAAAGAUCUCAUCAGUUUAAAGUUUCGACAACAGCUCACAGCCAUAGACUGUAUAUACUAUGAACAACUUGAUCCUGCCUUCCGCUGGUAUACGGGUUUGAAACCGAAAACCUCUCAGUAAUUCCGAGUUUUUCUACAUUUCCUGAAACCAACAUUGCACAGUCCCGUUCUACGCUUUCCACCACUUGCGCAGUAGCAUUGUGCGCAUUCAGCAGGAGAGUCGCAGAGAGUCGCUGUGAUGAUGCUCAGCUGAAACAGCGAAUCCCCCAGGUGAGCUAAGCAAUCUUCGUACGCCCAUAGACUGUAUCAAGUGUCAAUCAUAGAAAACAUGAACCCCCUAAUAACUUUUAAAAAUUGAGCUGUACAGAAAAAAAGAGGACUUGAGCACAAACCAGUCUAACAGUAACUACAUGUCAACAUCGCAACCGGGGGGGGGGGGGGAAUGUAUAUUCUGUGUAAUAAAAUUCUUAAGUUUGUCCACAGCUGCAUAGGUAUUGCUGGAGGAGGCAGGAUUUAUGACUAUACUACAGCCCGUCACCAAAGGGUGCUGUUCUCAUGGUGGCUUCACCCAGCGAGGCGGCAGACGCUGUCCAUUCUAUAUACAGUCUAUGAUCACAACCCUUGUAACUCUUCCAGUUUUUUGUGUUCAAAGCUAAUCUAACUGCGAACUCUGAAUCUUGAUGCAGCCUCCUUUUACAAUUUCUCCAAAACACUCAAAUACUCAGUAAAAAUAGAAAUCAGGAGACACUUUUCAGACCUGAUGCUAAUAAUAAUCAUCAGCUUCAUUCUCUCCAUCUUAAAAUCUAAACAGCGAAAUGACCGAUAAUACACAGAAAAUGCCUCUAUUAUGUCAACAUUAGACUAUAUGAGUCUGAAAGAUAUACAACUUUGAAGGGAUUUGCAUGAGACAGAGCUGUGUUAUUUUAUUGGUGGUUCUUGUGUAUAGUUUUAUGGUAUUUACUGGUAGUUUAACGGUAUUAAGUGUGAUUUUGGAUUAAGAAUGCUGACUGUAUGAAAAGGGGCAUUGUUACUGGAUUUAAUACUUAAGGGUACUGAAAAAAAGCACGCAAACACAGGAGUGAUUGUUGCUGGGCAGUGGGCAGUCGGCAGGAAUCUGAGUCACGUGGUUUUCUUUGCCUGUUUGAGUUCGUGUCUGUGAUCUGUGUCAGGGCUCCUUUCAGAGACUGUUUGAAGGUCCAUCUUUUCUGUAAUUGAACUCCAGUGAUCUGAAGACGAGGUAAAACUCAUCUCUGAUUACAAAGACUCAGGUUUUCUUUUAAAUAACAAAGCUGCUCUAUGUGACCUGGUAAACAUUUGCUGUUGAUCAUAUUUUCCCCACUUCAUAUCUUAUCUGUCUCUUAAAGUGUAAGCAUACAGUCCUAUAACAGGCUGAGUUCACACAGGGACACAGUGUUAAUCCCUUUACCAGUCUGCAAAACUCACAUCUCUUUGCUUCUUUCGUAUUAUCAGUCCCAGACUUUUCUAAUCCUCGAAUUUCUUUGAUACAUGCCAACAAAAAAAAGAUACAAGCACUGUUCUGGUCCCUCCUGGGACUAUAGAGACAUGAUGUUAGAGGACUGAUACGUAAAGAGCAUGUCUUACCAGCUCAGGUUUGGUAUACGAUAUAUCUAAUUUAGACAGGUGCUCAUAUUAUUAAAGCUCAUUGGUGUUAUUUAUCCACCAUAUCACGGGUCUUACCGAUGCCACACAUUGGACAGCACUCAUUUCCAAUCUGAUACUCUGUACGAUGACAGGUGAGGGUUUGACCUGUGAAGAUUUUCAACGUACAAAUCUGUGAAAGACAGAGAAUCAUUCCUGUAAAUACUGAGUGUUAUAAGAUCUUUUUCAAUCAAACCCCCCUCAUGUCAUGAGACUCCAGCAGCUGAUGAUCAGCUGCUGGAGUCUCAUGACCAGAAAAAUACUCCAACUCUCCAGGGAAGAAAUGACAAAAACAAAAAACUUCCAAAUUCAUGACAGUAAAAUGAGCAAUGAUACAUGAGGGAUUUUUUUACCGUCAAAAGGAGCCAAAGUUUUGUUUCGAGCAUCAUUUCUUCAUCCGGAUCACAGUUUUGGUUUGAAAACAUCCUCUGACUGAGAUUUAACACAAGACGAAAUAUAAAUCCAAAACAACGACACCAUCUGGAAACAAAGAAAAAUAGGAAUUACAAACAGCUCAGGAAAGCAGUCAUCCUCAGUUUUCACUUUCUCUUUUAAAUGUUGAUUUAUGGUUUGGAAAGGUUCACUGGCACAGACAAAUGAAAUACAGGUCCUUUCAGACAGGUGGAGUGUGGGUGCAUCACAAAAAUACAACAUGGUUCAAAGUCUUUGACUCUGAGUUAAUCAGUAUUCAAAAACUAUAAACACUCUGUUCAUUCACAGAAGGUCAUUGUUGUAAAGGCCGUCUGUUCUCAGAGAGCUGUAUGGAGGCAGAUUCAGGGAAAGUUCACUGAAUCUCAUUUGAAAAUCAAAGUCCUGGAAAUCAAGGUCCCAGAGUCUGGAGGAAGAUCAAAGAGGUCCAGAAUCCAAAUUGCUCGAAGUCCAGCAGGAAGUUUGAGGGGUUCUGUCAUCUGCUGCUGUUGGUCAACUGAGUUUGAUCAAGUCCAGAGUCAAUGCAGCCGAAAGUCUACCAGGAGAUUUUAGAGACCUUUAUCUGUUGAGAAUAAAGUUUCCUCUUUUUAAUAUUAAAAAAAAUCAUCUGACUGUUGUAUCUGAAAUAAUAGAGCCUAGUGACAUUUUUAGAUGUGUCUUCUUUGUAUUUAUUAUAAUCAUCCAGAGAGAUUAGGUAAACAAAGACUGUUCUGGAGAAACUGGUUUUAAAAACAGGUUUAGAUUCUAGAGAUCGCUGCAGAAAUGAAACUUUCAGUUUGACCCUUUAUUAUAGAGCUUUUAGACUCUGAACAUUCAGGAACUUAUUUAUAGCCCAGCAGAUUUAACUGCUGUGAUAAAAGCUUCAAUAAAGUAAAUUAUUAACUGUCUGCCUGAGCUGAAUAUUAUCCACUAAAGAAUUCACAGAGGAGGGACAGUGAGGAACCAGAGUAGAGGCUCUGAAAUCAGGAACCUCAGAUGUACCAUGAAGACUGUCACACUUCACUAAAAAAACAGCAGGUGAUGUUUCACUGCUCUGAGAGAAGUCUUAAGAUGACUACAAUAACAGUAAAGUCCAAAACAUGAAUGCAAACAUGAAUCUAGUUUCUAUCCCCUGAUUUCACAUCAACCCUGUUAAGAGUUCAGAAAUAUUCACUUCUGCUACAAAGAACUGAGUCUGAUGAUUCAGGAGUCCAGGAAGACUUUCUCUAAAGUCAAUAAUCUGUUUCCAGGACUGAGCUGAAGGACUUUAGAUACAGAGUAUUAUCAGAGACAACAACGUAAACGACUCUAUGACCUGUCCAAAGUCAGAACCAAUGAGAUUCUUUGAGUUCAGGCUGGUCAGGAUGGAAGUUCAAAAGUCCCCCUUUAUUAUCACACAGGUGUGACCUGACUUCAAUGUUGAUUCAGAGUUGAAGAUCUUCUGCAGGAGAUUCAGAUUCAGAGCUGACCUGCUGUAUCUGUUCAGACUUUUAAUAAUAAAUGCAGGGAGGAUGAACAAGGACUUUCUGUCAUUUGACCAAGAACAAAAACUGAUGUUUGAAGUUUUCUCUGGACUCAUGACUAAUACUAUAUGUUAAAUGAGUCAAGCAAAAAUCCCCUUACAUAUCUGAUCUCAAAGUGAAAGUGUUUCUGACAGAGCAGCAGCCUGUGAGGACCCCUAAUCUAACCCUGUGUCCUAACAGACUGGACUGGAAUCAGGUCCAGACCGACCCUGUUCAGGCCACAGUUUUGUUUUUCAAACCUUAAAAAGUUCAUUCAGAGCACAAACAUUUUCAGUCCUCAAUAAGAAAUGAGCAAUAAGUCCAAUAUUAGAGUCUGCAUACUCACAGAGAGUGUCUUCAGUCCACAUCAUAAAACCACAUCCCUCUCAGUAACUGGAACUAGAACUCACAGUCAAACUGGGAGCUCCACGCCAGAGAAAAAUCAUGAGAUGAGUCACUCACUUCGGUACUUCCCGCUUUAGCUCAUGGGCGGACAGAGAAAACCAGACAGUCUGUAGUUUAAACCCUGUUCUAGUGCAGCUAUUGGUUAAUGACUGACAGAUAAGAUGGCGAACUUUGCAGCGAGCGUUGAGAGACCGAAAAACAGAAAAGCUGUUUCUAACCGACGACCGGAGAGUUUAUGACGGAAACACGGAAAUUCUGCGGAGAGUCGGAUUAAAACAACAGCAGCCGUCCUUACCAAGACUUUAAACUUCAUUACGGAUCUGUUUUUAAGAGAAAUGUGGAGAGAAAAUAAACACAUACCUUCGACAUUGAUGAGAGAGUACAGGAAACUGCGCACAGGUCCUGUGCAGUGUUGCCAUAUCCCGUGAGAGAAACAAGUAACCAGCUCUAUGAAAACAAGCCCAAAACAAGCCCAUAAGACUCAGUUUGAAAGUGUGGCUGUGCACCACGAUUAAUCACAUGUAAGGGAAACCCUGCCCAUUUAUUAUUAUAUUAUGCAUGAGCCAGAGAUGGGAAUUGUGGAGUCACCAUGUCAUCUCCAUGCCAUGUAUUUAUUCUGCUCAGUUACUGAACCAGGUGCCCUCAGAGCUCACCUUCCUGGCUUCUCAUUGAAAGCAGUUGGUUCAGUGACAGAGCAGAACAAAUACAUGGCAUGGAGAUGACAAUUCCCAUCUCUGGCAUUAGAAACGGCAAAAUUAUAAUAAACACAGUUAACAUAGACAUUUUGAAUAACUUAAAUAUUUAAACUUUGAUUAAGAGAAAAGGGUUUGGGUUUAUUUAUUUUAUUUUAUUUUUUCGUAUUUUCCCCACUUGCUGCCUCUCACUCUCACCCUGUCUCCUCCCUCAUUUCUCUGUCACUCUGGGCUAUAUGAGCAUGAUGCGCCGUGUAGGUGUGUGUGUGUGUGUGUGUGGUGGUGGUGGUGGUGGUGGUGGGGGGGGGUGGGGGGGGGGGGGGGGGGGGGGGGGGGGGGGGGGGGGGGGGGGGGGGGGGGGGGGGGGGGGGGCAAGCCGAAAUAAGCAACUACGAGUCAAAAACAAGCCACAAAAACUGCAACCCGCGACUCACGAGUUUUACAAGCGACUUCUGGAAAAAAUAAAAGCCCUAAAUUGCUUACAAUAAGCGGACUUGGCAACUAUGGUCCUGUGAUAUUUGGUGACUAAUGUCUGACCACUAGAGGCCCAACCUAAUUUAAACACUACUUCUUUCACUUUCUUUGUUCUCAUCCUGAAACUGAAGGUAUUUGAGGAGCAACAAAUAAAAUAAAAUCUGCUAGGAAUUUACAGUAAUCAAUAAACUCAUACAUUUGUUGGAUAACCUAACAAGAUCAAAAUAAGGUAAAUGGCCUCAAGCAAGAGUAAGUGUAUUACUGAUUACACUUGAAUUGAAUUUGUCCCUGCUGUGUACACAGUAAUAUGCCCUAUGUCUCUGCUGGUAUUGUCCUGAGAUGUCCUGAGAUAUGUCCAGAUCGUGUUCUCAUUUUUUCUCUCUCUUUGAUAGUCAAAUCACUGUCUAUGACCCUAAACAAUGGAAAAUGUAAAAAAGGUUGUUUCUUCACCCAGUCAUGGUUUGUCUGGUCUGACACCUACAGCCCCUCACAGUGGAUUGAAAAUGAUCAUAGAGGCAGUUACCUCCACUCCUUCAUGUGCAUUAUACUUCGUUCUGGUGAAGCUGCUGCUCCACCACCUGCUGCAGCAGCUGCAUCUUGAUCUAAUUGUUGGCAUGUUGUUUUUCCCCUCCCCAUUUCGUGAGUUUGUCAACACUUUUUGAAAGGGAUCACAGCUGUCCCUCUUUGUUUCUAAACCCACACUUUGUUUUCUCUUCCUGUGUAAUUAUUUUUAAAGUCCUGUUGGAUUGACUCUGAAUCCCACUGUGAACACCUUCAUCCUCAGACUGGUCAGUGUGAGCAGAUUUGACUCUGUUAAAAUCAUUUCAGCUUUUUUUUUUCCAUUUUUCAUUUUCAAAUUUAAUGUUUGAACGUGUUCCUCUAAGGUGAUCCAUGCUCAGAUUAGCAACAAGGACUAGUGCAGAAGAGAAAAACACUCAUCAAGAUUUAAACUUUAGCAUCUUAGAGAAGAGUGAUAACAUGUGCUUUUUUAAUCAAUCAAUCAAUCUUUAUUUGUAUAGCAAUUUUCAUACAACAGAGUAGCACAAAUUGCUUUACACACAGAAGAAUACAAAAGAAAGAAAGAAUACCCGACCCUACCUCACCCCAUCCCUAACACCUCAUCCCAACCCAGCAAUCUUAACACAAUAGUGGGAAGUUCUGAAGACCAAUGAGUGGUCCCACAAGAGAGCUGUACGAACUCAAAUCUGGUUAUCAAGUUUAUCUUGUAAAAGCAGGUCAAUAUUCAAAAUGAGGAAACACUGAAGAUUGGGUUAAAAUCUAAAGAUAGUAACAUCGAAUGAAAUUUAAGAAAUAACAAAUUUAAGUGAAAUAAAAAAUGGACAAAAGAUAGAGCGAACCAAAAUAGCUCAGUAAAACUAUAUACAAUAAGUCUAAUACGCAUUAAGAGAAUAGGAUAAAAUACUAAAAGACACCUCUGGGAUUAAAUCUAGAGAGAAACAGAAGCUAAAACACUUACACAAAAUGAAGUUAAUGAUAAAAGUUUAGCUGAAGGCCAGACUGAAGAGGUACAUCCUGAGUUGGUGUUUAAAAUCAUUAAGAUUAGUUUCAGCCCUCAGGUCCCUAGGUAAGCUGUUUUGUAGUCAGGGCCAUAGAAAUUUAGAAAUAAACAGAUACCACAUAUGACUAAGAGGAAAAUUGCUAAGGAGCUACUGGAGCUCUGCAGAAGAAAAACCCUUGAAAAUGACACGGAUAGUGUCAUUUUGGCAAAAAACAAAGCAACAACAACAAAACUUCAUAAUCACAAUGUGUAAACCCCUGAGAACACUUUGAGUAGUAAUUUUAAAAAAAGAUCUUUAAAAAAACUAUGAGAUGGUAUAAUGAUUACUCCAUGACUAUCUAGUGAAAUUCACAUUUAUUGAAGUGUGUUAUAUUUAAGAUUUUAAAGACACAAAAACUCUGAAUUUUGUUAAAAUUGACAGAAAAUAAAUCUACAUCAGCUUUAUAGGAUUCACUUUGAAUUUCAGGGUAAGGAUUUAGACCUUUUAUGCUUUCAAAAUGAUACAUUUUUAUUUCAACAGGACUGUUAUGAUAUGUUCUUGUUGAUUUAGUUUGUUUCCGUGUUUGUAAUUAAGUGUAGUUUCCUUGUGUUUCUGUUAUCUAUUGUUCCUGUUGCUCUUGUGUUUUUCUCUUUUGGUCUUGUGCUUAGUUUUCAACGUUACCUGGCUUAUGUUGUCGUUCCUUCUCCUUGUGUGUCAAGUUUAGUUUUAAAUUUUUUGUUUUCCCUCCCUAGUGAUUGUCUGCACCUGUGUCUCAGUGUCUAAUCAGUCUCUUGUUGCUCGUUACCCGGUGUGUUUACUCUCUGUGUUGCCUUCCCUGUUUGUCAGAUGGUUGUCAACUCAACCUCAUGGUUUCCCAGGGCCUUCUUGUGAGAUUUCUAAUUCCUAGUGUUUUGUUUAAUUUUUUUUGUUGGAGUUUUUCAUAGUCAGUUUUUGUCAGACUUUCUUGUUUUGUCUGUUGUUCAAUGAAACUGAUGGGUGUAUCCUCUUUGUUUUUGGUUCAAAUGUGACAAGGAUGGUGUACACAAAAUACAAGGCUACAUUAUAAAACGCUGUUUGUGUUUUAUAAAGGGUUUCACUUUUACUACUGAGACACACACACACAGUUCAUCAGCUCCCCUCACACUGCUGCUCUCUGUAUCCUGUUUCCGCCUGUUUUUGGAGGGUGCGGCCUUAUCUUGACCCUGCAGACCCUCUGAAAUCAUUAUCAGACACACUUAAGCUGAGUGUGUUUGUGCAGGAGCUGGUGAAAACUCUGGGUUGUAAAUAAGAGGUAGAUGCAGCCUCUUUGUCUGCAGCUAUUGAUUCUUGGAAAACUGUCAGGAAUCCUUAAAUUUACAAGUUUACUCUUCCUCUUAUUCAAUGUUUGUAGUGAGAAUCAACCGUAUUUAGACAAAUGGGCAGACCAUGAGAGAAGCAAAAAACAACCAAUCCCCAGUUGAAGCAGAUUAAGGGAGGAUGAAUAUCCGGGACUUACCCAGACCCAGGAGGGUUCAGGGAUGAGAUCAGCCUGUGCAAAUCUGUCACUGUUUUACACCCUGUCUUACAAUUUUACAGAUUCAAGUUGAUCAUUUUUUAAUCGGUUGUUCUAAAAGGUAUACAUCAGUGUUUUUGAAGGUUGAAUAAGUUAUAUGUCACCAGUGGGUCCAUUUUCCAUACUGGGAGUCGGUCAGUUCAGCCCCUAUAAUGAGAAACAGCAGAGAGAACCUUCACAUAAGCUUGGCUACAGUUUUCUGCAGAUGAGGCCAAAUUGAACACAUAAUUGAGAUCUUUUUAAACAGACUGGCAUGCUGCUUACUGCAGACAUGUGUAACCUUUAUGAAUCUGAAUUUACCGAGGAAAAGUCAACUUGGUACCAACAACAUCUUUGGGAAUCCAAAUCCAGCAAUUUACAUGAGGCUGCAGUCUGCAACCCUCAUCAACCAGAGUCUCCCGCUGUACUGAAUGCUAAACGCUGUUUGUUACCCUCUUCAACUUUGAGGAGUUCAGUCAAAAAAGCAGAGAAGCUGAAUGUUAGAGCUUCUUCAGAGUCAGAUUUCAAGUCUCAGUGAUUUUACAGCAUAACAACACAACCCAUGGAUCACAGGAUCAGCUUACCUGAUCAGAAUACACUGAGUUAGCUGCUGAAGCUGAAAGAACAGUGUUAAAGUGUGUGUGUGUGUGUGUGUGUGUGUGUGUGUGUGUGUGUGUGUGUGUGUGUGUGUGUGUGCAUGAGGGCGUGCGUGCGUGUGUGUGUGUGUGCGUGCGCGUGUUCCUCUUACAUCAGAGAAAUCUACAUCAGCACUACCAACAAAUUCCAACUUUGAUAGAUAGCUGAUCAGAGCCACGUAUAUUUGCAGCAUCUGACUUUGCACCUUGACCCAACUUGCCGACUCGCCAUUUCCCUGACUCAUGACAACCUCAUGAUGCAUAAACAUCAUCCUAACUUCAGCAGGUCAGCAGUUCCAGAUGUAAGUUGUGCUCACUCCUACCACAUUUCUUUUGCUGAUUCAUCACCUGGCUGCACGUGUGACAGUAGGAAGCAGCUGUCUUCCUUCAAAGCUCUCCAGGGAGAAAAAUCUGCAGUCAGACGUGACUGGCUUACUCAAGACACAACAGAAACCACAUACACACGCAUUCAAGAAAGCUAAUUUAAGAACAAAAAUAAACACGUUCACAGCCUGGUUCAACAAAUGCGACAUGAGGGAGCAGCAUCUGCCUCACAACCAAUCAGGUCGGGGAGGUGGAGAACGGCUUUGUUUACAGUCAGAAAGAGCGGCCCGCUCAAAAGUUAUAAAAUGUUGACUACACAGACAUAAGAGAACACAGCGAUAUUGUUAUAUUACCAAAUGUCAUCAAUGACUAAUAGCUAUUGACUGAUAUUAAAAGCUUUUUUGUAUAUACACCACAAAAAAAGAUUCUUAUUUAACAGAUUCCUGCCUACCCUACCUUUAACCUUGAUAUCUUCAAAAUAAACCUGUUAAAGAAAUUCACUCCCUGUAUAGUGAGUGCCAUCAGUUUUUAGCAGUUUUUAGCACUUCCACAGACUGACGCCUGAUUAACUAUGCUCGUGACCCUUGUGUCAGCAUGUCAGGUCAUCCUGAACCUAUACCCAUUUUCAAAUCCUCUUUCCAAAGUGGGGGUUUUAGUCUCAUAUCCUUAAAAAUAGAAGGUCAACAGCAUUUUGAAAGUGCUGAACGUGGACUACAAUUGGACUUGGCCUUAUUUGGCAAACACUCUAACAAUCCACAUUAGUACUUCAUGUAACAGUCAAGAAUCGAACAGGUGAGGAUUUGAUCUUUGGUGCCAUGUUGGUGAUGUGAUUGAACGACUUCAAAUUUUCAAGAAGCACAACAUUUAUGUCGCUUUCUAACAGGAAUCCACUGAGGAAAAAAUCACAGAUUAUAUUCUCUAACACCUGAUUAUCAGUUUUUGUGCUUCAGAGUGACAUUUUUCAUGUGAUCUGACACAAAUCAUUAACCUUGAUUAUUACUAUUUGAUUUUUGUGCCAAGAUGAGAAAAUUUUACAAGGAGACAAAGUUCAGACCUUUUCCAGGCUGGAGGGGGGAGAAAAACUUUAUUGUUAUGCUAUUUCACAAACUCUGGGAUUUACAUUGGUGUCACAUUAUUGUUAAAGGUGUUCCUCAAAUUUACUAAACAGAUUUCUUUAAGCUCCUGUAAGGAACUUUUGUUUCUGCAGAUUUCUGCACCCCUGUGGACAAAGCAUUCCUGGCCUUUCUUGUCAGUUUACAUUGUUUAUUAGACAAAAUUAUCAUUAAUUGUGAAUAUCAAAUGUGGUAAAUGUGAAAACCAGGCUGUUUCUUCAACUGCCCAGCUGACACCUACCCCCUCCUGUAGAUUUCAGACUUUGAAAUCACAAUAUAAAAUCAUCAGUCCUCUUGUUGAUGGUCUUGUUUGUUUUUGUACAUCUUAAAAAGACAUCAAAUAUGAAUUUCAGUCUAUUUCACUGAUGUGAAAACUCUGCUCACAGGAGCUUUGACAUUUAUUGACUAAAGCUGAACUUUUUUACCAAACUUUAGCAUUACAUUCCUGUAAUAUUAGUCAUGUUACUGUGAUGUGGAAAUUUAAAAUGCACAUUUUCUGACUCAGAUCAUCAAGUGCAGGAAUCCAGUAUGAAUCAGCCUCACCGUCUCUACUUCAUCACAGUCUGACUGUCUGUGAAAUGAGAUGAUUUUUCUGGCUAAACUCAUGAAAAAGUGAUCACCGUGAAGAGAAACUGUGACAAAUCUUUUUAAGAUUAUGAAACAGGCUGAAAUUAAAAACCCUGAGUGGUCUAAAAAAGGUAAACUGACUAAUAGCAACUUUUUAAAUCAGUGGUUGCGAGCUCUAGUGGAUGGGGUUGCAGGAUAUAGACUGGUGACCUGCUGACAGCUAUGUGGGGUGGAGCGAGUGAAGUGAGUGGUCAGGCGACUAUGAGAGAGGGGGCAUUGAAUAGGAGCAGAGCAAAGACGUGGUCAGUCUGGCUCCAUGCCUGUGACUAAUAUCACACACAGAGCCACAUUCAGAAGGGUCUGGAAGCCUUGAAUACCGAUGUUCAGGGUGGUGUACUCCCAAAUUGUAGGUCUCUGCCUGUAUCUCCUUGAGCCGCUUUCUCUCAGUGAGCAACAUAAGUCUGUUUUUGCAGAUAUUUCAACAUGACUGCAGCUGGAGUCACUAGAGAUUAAGUUUGGCUAAAAAUUUGGAGCAUGUGACGACUGCUGAGAUGCUGUUUUGAAAGCUUGAUUUCUAAAUGAUGAUCCACCUCGAGCAUGUAUUGACUUGUCAGUGAACUUGUUUGUGAAAUGAGUUUCACACCCAAUCUAACCAGCAGAAAAAAACUGCUAACAGCAGUGACACCCUAACCCGUUGUCAGCUACUUUGCAGAGGCAACAGAAAGACAAGACAUGGUGUGACUGUUUCUGCAGGCUGAGUUAGAGUGCAACAGUUGCACUCGAGCUCAUCCAAGGACAAAACAGGAAAACGAUAAAAAAAAAACACUGAUAAAAAGCCAUUAAACUUUCCAUAACUAUGAGUGUCUGCUUCAAACCCACACAGAAGCCUGUUCUGCUGGACUGGGGAGCCUUGACCUCUUAUCCACAAGUUAUUUGCUUAUUCUAACAGAGUAGGGAGUGUGGCAUCAAUCCAGCAGCUCCACCAGCUCACGCCUUUUGUGCAUACCUUUCUCCACCAACAAGCAUGUCAGUACCCAUGGCGAGGGUAUAUCAGCUUCACUUUUCCAUGUUUGGAGGAAACUGAGGCGUGUCGUCUGUUUUCAGUUAUGGGUUGGGCUUGAUAUGAACCUCCAGUUGAAGUAAAACAUUUGCUGCAGUGAGCUGGUGUUUCAGUCAAAGAGACACAUGGGGAAUGAAACAGAGCUCAUGAUAUCUCAAAAAUGUAAAGCAUUCGGCCCACAGCCCUAAGCCGCCCCUCUGUCCUCACCACCUGAGCCUGACCUCAUGAUCUUUGAUAUUUAGCCAAAUAGACUCUCCCUGAUAUUCUGAGAAACGCAGCCUCAGAGGAUCAGACUCUAUUUGAGAUCUUUGUUUUAGAAUAAGUUCUGAAACAAGCUGACCAGAUGUAAUGGUGUGUUCCUACAGGAUAUUAAUUUUGGGAGUGUCUGACAAACAAUUGGCCUCCGGAGUCAAAUGAAAACACCUCCCAGAUUCUUCAUGCAGACACUCAAAGGCCAGGAUUUCCUCCCUACGUCAUAAGAAAAGUCCCCUAACUUUCUUUACUGAGGAGAAAUGCAGGGGAAUGAACUGAGACCAAGUGUUUUAAACCAGGACUGUAUUUCUCUGCAGAUUUCUGCAGUUGUUCGGACAUAGAAAUAUAAACUGUUGUCAGAUUAUACCUGAUUGGUAGCAGGACUUUAUUCUGGUGGGUGUUAUAAACUUGUUUCAUGAAGUGAAAUUAAAUGAACUGAACUGAAAGAUGAUGUUUCCUUGUGAACACUAUCCAAGUGUUGAAUGUUGACUCCCACUUCUUUGUGAUUUCAAAAGUGAAUGUGACAAUCAUGAGAAACUGUAGACUUCCUCUCUUUUGGUUUUAUUUCUUUACAAAUCUGGCAAAGUACUUGAAAACCUCUCUGUUGUUUGUUCCCUACCUAGAACCCUGACCUGAGCUCCUGAUAGAGACAGAAGAUGAGACCACAGGUAGACGUGGCUGGAGUGGACUUGCUGAGGAUGUCUGAGGGAGUUUUAGUAUCCGAUCAGGCCUCCUGGGCUUUGGAGGUUUUCCUGGGGGACCAGAAAAGGGCAGCAGACCUCACCAUCAAUCUUAGAGUCCAUCAGCAGUCAUCAUCAGGCAAAAGCCGGGAGUUUUGCACAAAAUUGCCAGCGAAGAAUCCCGUACCUGAUGUCCUAGAGGUCCAAGCAUCCACGUAUAGAGAAAACAGUACUUGUCACCAAUCCCUUGCCACAAUGCUUGUUGCACAUCUCUUCCUGCUCUCUGCUCCCAUUUCCUGUCUCUCUUUGGUUGUUGUCCACUGUAAUAAAGGCACAUAAUGCCAAAAAAUAUGACUGAUUAAAGACUCCCUUUCUGGGCUCUGAUUACAUCUGUAACAUCAGUGCUGUCGUUUUUUUGGCCCAUUAUAUCACCUGGACAGCAGUACAGGAGCCUGAAGCAGAAACUGAUGUUCUUGUGAUGUUUCUCCUCAU